AUGGGUAACUCUUCAAGUGGUCACAGGCGUAGACCGUCACUCGACGACGAUGUCCUAUCGGGCGUUCUUGCUGGUAAAAGAUAUGUGUAUCAAAUGUCACAAGAUGCUCCUGCUGAAGACUCCGUGAUUAGUUUUGUGACUGGUAAUUCUGCAGUCCAUGCUAUUGCCGACCAACUUCGUGAUUCCAGACUUUAUGACUCAGGUGGCAGACCUAAUUUAGUUGUUGGAGGACCCGCUUCAGGUCUAGAUAUGUCUGAAGAAAACCAACCCGCUCAGAGUGUGCCGACGGUUUUCAAGUGGGAUGGAGGAGGAAAAGAUGUUUACAUAAGUGGCACAUUCAAUGGUUGGCGGUCGAAAAUCCCGAUGGUUAAAAGCUCAAGUAAACAUAACUUUUAUACAAUCAUUGAUCUUCCUCUUGGUGAACAUCAGUAUAAAUUUAUUGUUGAUGGACACUGGAAGCUAGACCAAAACCAGCCUGUUUUCACCAGUCCAACGGGAGUUCAAAAUAACGUGAUUCAAGUCAAAGAAUCUGACUUCGAUGUGCUUACUGCUUUGUCUCAUGAUAUGGCCAACUCUCGUGGUAGUAGUGGUAAUGAAGAUCGUUCUUCAAUAUCACAGGCUAUCCCAUUUCAAACCAGUGAUGGAAAAUCUGAUCCACCUGCAGCAUCAGAAGCGGAAAUUCCUCAUGUACCAAGUUCUGGGUCUGGUUCACCACCUGGUGAAUACAACCGAUUUAUUCCUGCUACGCCGUUAGAAGCUUUAUCCGCACAAACCGGGAGUGGGGGAUCACUACCUUCAGCAGCAGUACAUAAUGCUUCAAAUGAUCCAAAGAAAGCCUUAACUCCUCCUUUAUUACCUCCACAAUUACUUCAGGUGAUACUUAAUCGAGAUACAAAUGUUCAAUGUGAUCCAAAUUUAUUGCCACAACCAGAUCAUGUGAUGGUCAAUCAUAUGUAUGCUUUGUCUAUCAAGGAUGGUGUCAUUGUUCUUUCAGCUAUAACACGUUAUCGACAAAAAUUUGUCUCCACGGUAUUAUACAAACCAAUAUAA